GUGAAUCCAGACUGACGCAGCCGGAAGGAUUAUGAGGUUGCACCGUUCGUUGAUGGAUUAGAGCUGCGGACGGUAUAUGACUCGCGCUUUUGUUUACAUUUCUUUAUCAUUUGUAAGUCAAACUCAGAGUCAAAUGGACCCCAAAAACAUCUGUUCAACCUGUGUGAAUAUGCGAUAGCAUUCAUGUGACCUGUGGAAACAGAGGUAUUGCCAGUCAUUACAUUGGUGGAAGUUUGGAGUGAAAACAUGUUCACCGCUACCCAAAUCUCCAAAUCCCAGUUCCUGGAUAAAGCCAGGAUGGCAAGGGAGGAGAGGAAGGGCCAUAAGGAGAAAGAGAGAGCGGCCACUCAAAUCCAGGCUUUGGUCAGAAGAUUCCUCUGUCGUUCCAAGCUGCAAAGGGAAAUACGGCAAGAGGUCGAUGAAUUCUUUGCAGUCAGCGAUGCCGCUUCAGCUAAAAGAAAUGCAUUAUCUGUCUUCAAGAUUGCAAGAAAGUUGUUAUUCAUAUUGGAGAAGGAAGAUAAGUUGAGAUUUGAGAAGCUGUGUCGAAUCAUACUAAGUAGCAUGGAAGUUGAGAAUGAACCGAAAGUGUGGUACGUAUCGUUGGCCCUUUCAAAAGACCUCACAAUCCCCUGGCUCAAACAAAUCAAAGAUGUGCUCUGGGUCUCUUGCGAAUAUUUAAAGAAGCUGAAGCCGGACAUACUGCAAGAUAAUAAAUUAGUGACUCUGUAUCUGACAAUGCUGAUAACCUUCACAGACACAUCCACAUGGAAAAUCGUUCGAGGGAAAGGUGAAGCCCUCAAGCCUGCUUUAAACAGGAUUUGUGAGAACAUCAUGGGAUAUCUCAAUCAGAAGGGCUUUUACUCUGUGCUUCAGAUUCUCCUUACCAACGGUCUGGCAAGGUCUAGACCCUCCCUCUCCAAAGGAACCCUCACGGCCGUUUUUACGCUGUCACUCAGGCCUGUCAUCGCUGCACAUUUCUCCGACAACCUGCUGAGGUCUUUCCUUCUCCACGUCAUGUCCGUUCCAGCAUUCAUCUCACACCUUAACACGCUCACUCCAGAUUGUAUGAUCACCACUCAGACUCACGACCUGUUUCGCAAGUUUGUCUUAUUUUUGAGCCGAGAGGAGCAGUGUUUGGACAUCUGUGUCUGUCUGGAGGGAAGCCACACUCUCUGCUUACUUGGUAACCUUAUUCAGCUGGGAUAUUUCAAUGUAAAAGUCCUGGAGCAGGAAGCAAGUCACUUUGUCAAGGAUCUGACAGAUAUGUUGUCAUACUGUCAGAGAUACGUCUCUCAGAAAAAAUCCAACCUUACACACUGGCACCCAGUUUUGGGCUGGUUUUCCCAGACUGUUGACUAUGGGCUUAAUGAGUCUAUGCCGCUGGUAACUAAGCAGUUACAGUGUUUAUGGGGGGUGCCCGUGAUCUGCACACUCUUCUGUGAUGUUCUCAGCAAAAAGCUGGAGACUCAGGAACCGACCCCAUCGCCCCUUUCUCAGCCAACUACACUACAGAAUAACCUGCCUGUUAAAAAUCUGUUCAAGCGAGCGUUCCAGAAGUCAGCAUCUGUGAGGAACAUACUGAAACCGGUCGGAGGGAAACGGGUUGACUCAGCUGAGGUCCAGAAGGUGUGCAGUAUAUGUGUGCUGUAUCAGACGGCGCUCACCACACUUACACAGAUCCGCUUGCAGAUUCUCACAGGAUUGACAUAUUUGGAUGAGCUGCUGCCCAAACUGUGGGCAUUUAUUUGUGAGCUCGGACCCCAGGGCGGUCUCAGACUGUUUUUGGAGUGUCUCAGUAAUGACACAGAGGAGUCUAAACAGCUCCUGGCCAUGCUAAUGCUCUUCUGUGAUUGCUCUAGACAUCUCAUUACGAUACUGGAUGACAUAGAGGUGUAUGAGGAACAGAUUUCUUUUAAAAUGGAGGAGCUUGUCACCAUCUCCUCGUUCCUCAACACAUUUGUUUACAAGAUGGUCUGGGAUGGUAUUUUAGAGAAUGCCAAAGGUGAGAAGUUGGAUUUGUUUCACAGUGUUCAUGGCUGGUUGAUGGUUCUGUAUGAGCGAGACUGCCGGAGAAGAUUCACACCUGAAGAUCACUGGCUUCGCAAAGACCUGAAGCCCAGUCUUUUAUUUCAAGAGUUGGAGAAGGGAAAAAAGAGAGCACAGCUACUACUUCAGUACAUUCCUCAUGUCAUCCCUCAUAAAAACAGGGUGCUGCUGUUCCGGAACAUUGUAACAAAAGAGAAAGAGGGUUUAGGAUUGGUUGAGACGAGCUCCGCCUCUCCUCAUGUUACUCACAUAACUAUUCGCCGUUCACGCAUGUUGGAGGACGGUUAUGAUCAACUGCGUCGCCUGCCUGUGAACUCCAUCAAAGGAGUGAUCAGAGUGAAAUUUGUGAAUGAUUUAGGAGUGGACGAGGCUGGAAUUGACCAGGAUGGCGUAUUUAAAGAGUUUUUAGAGGAGAUCAUCAAGAAGGUUUUUAACCCGGCACUCAACCUAUUUAAGACCACCAGUGGGAAUGAGAGAUUAUACCCCUCUCCAACCUCCAGCAUCCAUGAGAAUCACCUUCAGCUGUUCGAAUUUGUGGGAAAGAUGCUGGGAAAGGCCAUGUACGAGGGCAUCGUGGUGGACGUGCCGUUCGCCUCUUUUUUUCUCAGUCAGGUUCUGGGUCACCAUCACAGCACCUUCUACAGCUCCAUAGACGAGCUGCCCUCCCUCGACUCAGAGUUUUACAAGAACCUCACUUCCAUAAAGCGUUAUGAUGGAGACGUCAGUGACCUGGGGCUGACUUUAUCUUAUGAUGAAGAAGUGAUGGGCCAGUUAGUCUGUCAUGAGCUCAUUCCUGGGGGAAAGACCAUGCCUGUCACUAAUGAAAACAAGAUCAGCUACAUCCACCUGAUGGCUCACUUUCGCAUGCACACCCAAAUCAAAGACCAGACCGCCGCCUUCAUCAGAGGCUUUCGAAGCAUCAUCAACCCCGAGUGGCUGCACAUGUUUUCCACCCCUGAGGUUCAGAGACUCAUCUCUGGAGACAAUGCUGAGAUAGACCUGGAUGAUCUCAAAAAACACACUGUUUACUAUGGAGGUUUCCAUAGCAGUCACCGGGUUAUUCUUUGGCUUUGGGACAUCCUCUCCAGUGAUUUCACCCCCGAGGAGAGAGCCAUGUUCUUGAAGUUUGUCACCAGCUGUUCAAGACCUCCUCUGCUUGGAUUUGCCUACCUCAAACCCCCCUUCUCCAUCCGCUGUGUGGAAGUGUCAGAUGACCAGGACACGGGCGAUACUUUAGGCAGCGUCCUGCGUGGCUUCUUCACCAUUCGAAAGAAGGAGCCAGGCGGGCGUCUCCCGACUUCAUCCACUUGCUUCAACCUUCUCAAGCUCCCCAACUACAGCAAGAAGAGCAUCCUCAGAGAUAAACUCCGUUAUGCGAUCAGCAUGAACACAGGCUUUGAGCUUUCAUAACCCAUGAUGCACUUUUGUGUUCUGGUUCAUGCCACACGCACACACAGUGAAGGACUGGCGGUAUCCCAACUGUUAAGGUGCCCACACAUUGGUUGAAGGUUCAGGUAGGAGUCGCAAGAACUGUGUAUUGACUAACACUGCAAUCCUAGAUCUACAUUGUGACCUUCAAUAAUGGCACUUUAUCUAAAAUUGCUCAAGAGGAACCUUAGCAUCAAUAAGUGUACUCUGUCUUGUCUACUAAACGGCAAUGAAGUAACUACCUAGCUAAUAUAGUGAAACAGAGCUGAUUGUAUCCAUUCACAGACUAACACUUGUUGAAGUGCAGACAACGUAUGAUAGAGAACUCACAUUUACUGACACGAUGCAUUUAGGCGGAGUCAGAUUUUAGUCCAUAGAGGGGAUUUGAACUUUAAAGAUUUGGAACCAUGUGUAUUUAAGUCAAGCUUCUUUUGAACCCUAAUCGCCAAGAAACCUGUCAAGCGGAGGAUGAGAAACCCAAUGUGAAUCCAAAAAACAUGGUUACGUUGAAAUAGAUUUUUAUUGGCACUGUGUCCUUUCAUCGAGGAACACUCCCAAACCUUCUCUUGAUGCUAAGGCGGAGUCAACAGUGGAUGUAUGUAACAGUAGUAGUUGUAGGAUCUGCAGAAACAUGUUCAGCACCAUUUCUCAGGUCUGCAUGUCUCACUCCCCAGGAAAGCAAUACUAAUGCAACACAAGCCAUGCAACUCGAGACACAAAUGAGACUUUGCCUGUUAGUAUGGCAGAUGCUUUCAAUCCCACAUUGCAUAUUGUUAAACUUCUGCCGAUGAGUAACCGAUGCUUGAGUUCAGAAACCCAGCACCAUUCAUUGGCUUUGUCAAGGAGGAGUCAGGCGUAUGAUGGAUAAAAGAUGUCCAGCAAGAAUACUCAUCUUCUUAAAUGCUUUCUCAUGACCUUGACCUGGUCAGACUGUUACAUUGCGACAAGAACAACUACUGCUUACCGAUGUUGCGGUGAAAUUUCUUUUUGCUCAUUUGACGUGAUUGUAAUUCUUUUAAAUUCAGUGUUCGGUUCAGGAAGGAAAGCAGAGCAAUUUUAAUUUCGUCCCUAACAUUGACUUCAUGACACUAAUGCAGGCACUGAAAUCUUAUAUCCGUUACGUUAAAUUCAUUUCUUUUAUUUGGACUUGAAGUAUUGAACAGGCUACAUACUAAACCAAUGCAUGGAAAUGAUAAUUUACGAUCAUCACAUGAACUCCCUCUCAUCUCCUGGUAACUUUAUGGCCAUCGUGUGUUGGUGUAUACUACUGGGAUUAAGCCAUACUAAGAA